UAUUGCCGCCUCCGGUCACUCCAUUUUCAAAUAGGGUAAAGUUGGGGGCGAUAAGUAAAUUAUCCCAUUUGUGUUUCAGUUAGCCAGAUAUUCCGAAACAGGAAAAAGGAAAAUGCCGAGCAAGAAAACGAACAAGAGGAAGAGAGCUGAACGACCCACCAUCCACCCCAAAAACAAAUAUGCUAACAACCCACCUGAUUUUUCUCUCCUUGCUUCUCUCUACCCUUCUUUUAAGCCCUUCGUUUUCUAUUCUCCUGAUGGUAGACCCAGAAUCGACUGGACCGACUUCAACUCCACCCGGGAGCUCACCCGGGUCCUGCUCCUCCAUGAUCAUGGCCUCAACUGGUGGAUUCCUGAUGGGCAACUCUGCCCUACAGUACCAAACAGAUUGAACUACAUCCAUUGGAUUGAAGAUCUUCUCUCUGACACCAUUUCGAAGAAUAACAAAAAUGGAGAUAUUGUGAGAGGUUUUGAUAUAGGCACUGGAGCGAACUGCAUUUACCCACUCCUUGGUGCAUCUCUUCUAGGAUGGAGUUUUGUUGGGUCAGAUGUGACUGAUGUAGCAUUAGAGUGGGCGGAGAGAAAUGUUAAAAAUAAUCCACAUAUUUCAGAACUAGUUGAAGUUAGAAAGGUUACAGACUGUCAAGAGACCCUUUCUAUUGAAGAUCCAAAUAAUGCAGAAUCUGUAAAUGGCAAAAACAGAACGGAUAUGAAUGGAAGUCUGGUUGAUUCUGGUUCAUUUACUCUGCCAGUGGAUGCUUAUAAGAAUUAUCAUGGACCACCUAUACUUGUUGGUGUGGUGAGGGAUAAUGAGAAGUUUGACUUCUGCAUGUGCAAUCCUCCAUUUUUUGAGACCAUGGAGGAAGCAGGAUUGAAUCCAAAGACUUCCUGUGGUGGGACUCCUAUGGAGAUGGUUUGUCCUGGAGGAGAAAAGGCUUUUAUCAGCACUAUCAUUGAAGAUAGUGUUGUGUUGAAGGAGUCCUUUAGGUGGUUCACUUCAAUGGUUGGAAGGAAAGCAAACCUCAAAUUUCUAAUCUCAAAGCUUAGAGAUGUUGGAGUUACCGUAGUAAAGACAACUGAAUUUGUCCAAGGGCAAACAUGCCGAUGGGGGCUUGCUUGGUCUUUCGUGCCUCCCUCCAGGAAGAUAAUAUCACCUUAUGUGGCUGGGAAGAGUAUUCUUUCCUUCAUGCUCGAGGGAAUUCAACGCCAGUUCAGUGCCAUAGAUGUAUUACAAUCAGUUGAAUCCUUUUUCCAUACUAGUGGUGCAUCCUCUAAAUUGAAUGCCUCAUCAUUUGCUGUUGAUGUAACUGCAUCAAAUGAGCAAUGCGAUGUAAUACUAAAGAAAGGAGGCAAACUUCAUGAUGAAACUGCCAAUUGCAAUCCUAUUGAUGCAGAAUCUGCUAGUUCAAGUUUGCACACUCCUCUAAAUAACUUGUGUUUUCGCAUUUCGGUUUUUCAGCAAAUCCCUGGCACCCUUUUGGUGAAAGGAUCAUUGCAACAGAGAGACAGCCCAGUUUCAGGUUUUAGGCCAAAACUCUUGUUACUUAGUAAAUCAUGCCAGCCUUGUUUUCUGCUACUGUUGCCUAGAUUUUCAAAGGAGUAUUCUCAUCUAUAAUCCAACGUUUGGAGGAAGUGCUGAGAAACAAGUUUUGUAGAGCAAAGCCUAUUGUCAAUUAAAUGUAUACUAAUUUAUUCCAUAUACCACAAUUUAGGGAUUGGAUGCUCUUGUACCAUAUACUCACCACCAUGGAAGUGUUAACUGGUGAAGGCUAUUUCUUUCUACUAUUUAAGAGUGUUUGGACUGAAUUAUAAAUUUACACUUUAGGCAAA